GGCGCGACGCUUGUCAGUUUUUCAGUUGCUUUCAUAACAGAAGGUUCUUCGUGUCGGUUCGUUGAUGGGAUUGAGUGACAAUGACGUCGUUGAAUAGUGAUGUUAAUUCUGUGACGAAGUUGAAGUUUAGUGUGGACAGUAUUUUGGGUAAUAAUGAUUCUCAUCACUCGAGCACGCCGGUUACGGAGGUGUCUCGGAGCCAGGAGCCUCCGUGUGCCGGUUGCGUGGCUGCGCUGUACCGCUGCUGCAGGGAUGAACCACCCCUUCUUCAGCUUCCCUUGCCUCUUCCAUACACACAUUUACAUCCAGCAUUAAGGCCUACCACAGUAUACAGGCUACCACUCCCCUCAUCAUCACCGCCGCAGCCGUCAUCAGCUCCUCGGUGUGACGUCACAUCGAGUGGUAAAAGGAAGCGAUCCUGGUCCCGGGCAGUGUUCAGUAACCUCCAACGAAAAGGACUGGAGCGACGGUUUCAAAUACAAAAGUAUAUUACGAAGCCAGAUAGGCGACAACUGGCGGCUACGUUAGGACUCACUGAUGCUCAAGUUAAAGUAUGGUUCCAAAACCGCCGUAUGAAAUGGCGGCAUACGAAAGAGGGGCGAGGUGGUAUCGCAGGCACCACGGGUCUACCUGGACGGGACCCAGACUCCACUAACGAUGACAAUGAAGACAUUGAUGUUGAUACACUCAGUGAUUAAUUGAAACUGAUCUGAAGUGAAUUCAAAACUUUAUCAGGAGACAUCUUCAUAUUAAUGUGCUAUAAAUUGGCACUGAUUUGGUGUUAUAAGGACGAAUUCGCCAUGACAUAGAUUGGCCGCCCAAAGCUUCAAACAGAGAGGAGUGGCAGUACAGAAUGUAUGGAGGCCUUUGCCCUGCAGUGGGACGAUCAUAGCUGAAAUCUAAGUAAGGAUAUAAUGCCAAUGAGCCUGAGAGAGAAUGCCACAAUGGGCAUGAGAAAUAAUGCCCUCAACGUUCAAAUAUAACAAGGUGAUCAAAAACAUCAUAAAUCUCGGAAGGGUUGUCCAGUUUUGAUGUAAGGGCGAGAUUUUAUGUGACUUAAAUAUGGAUUAUUGUCUUGCAAUGGGUAUUUGCGACUCAACCAUUCGACAGAACUGUUUUCUUUUGGUGCUCAAGUUUUGACUGGCUACCUAUUUUGGGAACAGUAGUCAUUACACUAAAGCCUCGUCUCCGCUAGGAACAUUUGUCGAGCGACUUGUGCCCCGGAGACGUCGGGCGACGACAGAUGGCCAUAUUGUUGAAACUGUUCCAUGUCGCGACGAUGUCCUGGAGACGAGUUAAUAUAAACCAAUUAAGUGUACGUUCUAGUUAUUUUUGUAACGAUAUUAUCGCAAUUUUGAUGGACUAAUUAACGUGCCUAUCGUUUUAAUAUUUCAGACGUCUUUUACUAUUAAAAUUAAAGCAACAUCUAUUUAAUAAUGUUCUUAUAAGUAUAUUAAUAUACCCAUGUUAAUUAACCUAAUUUAUUUUAUUGUAAAUAGGUAAGUUCAAUUUGUGAAGAGAGUAUCAUAAUAUUUUUUUUAUAAAAAAGAACCAAUAAACUGUUUAUGAAGUAUUUAUUAUUAGA